UCUACUUUUCCUCGUUUUUCCUAUGUAGUUAAGCAUUUUAUGCCAUUGAACUUAUUAGCGAGAUGAAGUAAGAGAGAGAAAGAGAAGCAGAAUAAUGUCGACGAACACUGCAGGCCAAGUCAUCAAAUGCAAAGCGGCUGUGGCAUGGGAGGCGGGGAAGCCGCUGGUGAUGGAGGAGGUGGAGGUGGCGCCGCCUCAGGCGACGGAGGUCCGUCUUAAGAUCCUCUACACCUCACUCUGCCACACUGAUGUGUACUUCUGGGAAGCAAAGGGACAAACGCCAGUCUUCCCCAGGAUCUUUGGCCAUGAAGCAGGCGGGAUUGUCGAGAGUGUUGGGGAGGGUGUUACAGAUCUAGCGCCGGGUGACCAUGUACUCCCUGUUUUCACCGGAGAAUGCAAAGAUUGCGCACACUGCAAGUCUGAGGAGAGCAACAUGUGCUCUCUUCUGAGAAUCAACACUGAAAGAGGUGUGAUGAUCAAUGAUGGAAAAUCCAGGUUCUCCAUCAAUGGCAAGCCCAUCUACCACUUCCUUGGAACAUCCACUUUCAGCGAGUAUACCGUUGUACAUGUCGGUUGUGUAGCGAAGAUCAACCCCGAGGCUCCUCUCGACAAAGUUUGUGUUCUUAGUUGUGGCAUAUCGACUGGUCUUGGUGCUUGUCUUAAUGUUGCAAAACCACCAAAGGGCUCAACGGUGGCUGUGUUUGGCUUAGGAGCUGUAGGCCUUGCUGCUGCGGAAGGUGCUAGGAUUGCAGGGGCUUCAAGAAUUAUUGGUGUUGAUGUGAAUCCUAAGAGGUUCAAUGAAGCAAAGAAGUUUGGAGUCAAUGAGUUUGUGAAUCCAAAAGACUAUGAUAAACCUGUUCAAGAGGUGCUCUCUGAGAUGACUGGUGGAGGAGUGGAUCGAAGUAUCGAAUGUACCGGGAAUGUCGAUGCAAUGAUCUCUGCUUUUGAAUGCGUUCAUGAUGGCUGGGGAGUUGCUGUGCUAGUUGGUGUUCCUCACAAAGAUGCCACCUUUAAGACCCACCCCUUGAAUUUCCUUACUGAGAGAACUCUGAAGGGAACAUUCUUUGGAAACUACAAGCCUCGCUCAGAUAUACCUUCGGUCGUCGAGAAGUACAUGAACAAGGAGUUGGAGCUUGAGAAGUUCAUAACUCAUGAAGUCCCAUUCACUGAGAUCAACAAGGCCUUCGACUACAUGCUUCAAGGUGAUAGUCUUCGCUGCAUUAUCCGCAUGGAUGCUUGAAGAUGUUUGUUGCUGUCAUAUAGCUGCUUGUUACAUAGAUGGUCUGAAUAAUAAAUACUUUCUACUGCGGCGAGUUUAACCUUAUCAGUAUUUUCCUUUGUCAUGCUUUGUGGAAGAAAUAAAUGACAUUUGCCUUUUA